GUUUUCACAUUUAGAGCUGCCACUACGUUUCGUAUGCAUAUGAAACUGGAACACCCCCAGAAUUCAGAAACUGAGUCCUCGCUCGUAGAACUUGUCUGCAAGGGCCAGGCCAGGAAAGCAUCCGCCAGAAUGCGUUUAAGUUUUAGGUUAUAGCUGCUCGACGGAGGAAUGCGGGCUAGGACGCUGCUGCUCGCGGCAACAGUCACAUUCUGCUUGGGCUUGGCGCGUGGGUACAGCGUGUGGGACGCCCCUGCAGCAGUGGACCCGCAGCCAGAGCCGCGGACGUUUGCGACAAUCGCCGGUGUCGCGACCUCGUCUCGCCUGUACAUGUAUGGAGGCUUCUCACACGCGCGGAAUGCUUGGCUGGGGGACUUGUGGAGCUUGGCCCUGAAUGCGUCCGCGACGGGCUGGGAGCGCGUCAACGUUAAGCUCGGAGACCUCCCGUCGUCCUUGGAGCAUGGCACGCUCGUUUCGCUCGACUCGGCGCUGCUGCUCGUCGGCGGCCGCCUGGGCGACGGCACCUGGAACGAUAAGCUAUAUCUGCUUGACAUGGCCACUCGGCAGUGGCUCGCGCUCAGCAACACGACCUCCGUGCCGCAGCUGUACUGGCACUCGGCCCUGUCGUACACUUACGGUGGCGUGGCGCGCGUGCUCCUCACGGGUGGCCUGAACGCGAAUGGCUCCGCGGCUGCUGCGGCGUAUGAGCUGAUGGCGGAUGCCAGCGGCGGCUACACAUUCACCACAUUGGCGCCCAUGCCCACGCCGCUGUUCGGCCACUCGCUGGCAGCGGACCCAGCCGACCCCUCCAGGAUCAUUGCGUCCGGCGGCUUCACGGGCGCGAUGCCCAGCGGCAGUGCGCCGCGGGAGGCCGUGCCGCCCGGGCUGCGCGGCGCGCUGGAGGCGGCACCGGGAGCCGCGGGCUCUGGAUCCAGCGUGGGUGUACUGGGGCUGAAUGCGUCGUACGCCGUGCUGCGGUACGACCGCAUGGCCGGCAGCGGCGGCGCGGGAGAGUGGGCAGGGCUGGGUGCCGGCGACCUGGCCAUGCCGCGCGGCUCGGCCUUCCACGCCAGCUGGAUUCUGAGCGACGUGCUGUAUCUGUACGGUGGCGUCCAGACCCUGUCGGCACAGGGCGUGAGCGCACCCGACUCGGUCCUGAGUGGGCUGCAAGCCUUCACCCUGCCCACAGCGCCCGCCACCUCCACGCUGGCCUUCGCGCCGGCGGCAGCGGCGGCUGCGACCGCGGCGUGGGGCGCGGUUCGGCCGGGCUGGGUGUCGGGGGCGGCGACGUGGGCGGACCUGAGCAACGCUGCGGCGCCGCAGCUGUGGCUGUUCGGCGGCUGGGCCACGCCGCUGCCGCUGCCGCCCUGGGCCGACUCCUACCUAGCACCUCAGGACGUCAGCCUCACCUGGCGAUUGGAUGGCGGCGCCACAGCCGCAGCCGUCAGCUCCAGCAGCAGCGGCCCGGCUGCGGUGGGCGCCUGGCUGCCGCCGCUGCAGGGCGGCAUGGCGCCUCGCAGUGGGGCGAUGCUGGCGGCUGUGAACGUGGGCGGCGUACGGAAGCUGCUGAGCCUGGGCGGCCGCGCGGCGACUGGCUGGGCAGGGCCUGCUUCGUCUCUGAAAGCCCAAGCUCAAAAAUUUGCAGAAGCGGCCACCACGGGCGGCUCCCGCUUCCUCACCAACCCCUUCGGCCUGGUCUUUGGCGCGGACGGCGACCCGCGGGCCAACGCCGCCGCCUACCAGCUCACUGACCUCUGGCUCAUUGACGCGGCCACGGGCGCGCGCGAGGCCGUGUGGCUGGUGAACAGCACCGUUGUGCCUGAUGCCGGCGCCUGCCUGCCGCCCUACGCCGCCGCCAGCCUCGGCGGCAGCGCCGCCGCCACCUGCACGUCCAUGCCGUUCGGCAGCGCGACAGCGCCGGCCGGCGGCGCGCCGCUGUGGGACCGGCGGCUUGUGGAGUCGCCCAUGCCCGUGCCGUCGGGCGGCGCCGCCGCCAACGGCGGCGGCGGCAGCGCCACCGGCGCCGCCGGCGGCUCCAACCACGUCAUCUACAUCCAGGCGGCGGAGACGACGACGAUACCGGGCGGCGCGCCGUCACUGACGGCGGGCGUGUGGCGGCUGAGCAUUAGCUCGUUGGACCUUCCGAUGGCUACCGGCACGGCGGCGGGGCUGCCGGCCGGACGCGGCACGGUGUAUGUGGCGACGUGGCAGGAGCUGACGCCCGCCGCCAGCCCCGACCCCUCGCCCUGCUACCCGCGCACGCUGCACGGCGCGGCGCACCUCACCUCCACCUCCAGCGCCGCGGUGGUCAUGGCGGGCAGCCCCGGCAGUAGCAGCUCCCUCGGCAGUAGCAGCGUCGCCGGCAGCAGCCUGUCCUAUGUUGCCCUGUUUGGGGGGCUGCUGUUGAGCCCGUCCGCGGGCGGCGGCGGUGCCGACACCAGCCGGCUGCUGUCCUUCACGCCCACGGACUCCGUGUGCCUGUUUGACGUCUACUACCGCCGCUGGCUGCAGCCGCCCGUGUACCCCGCCGGCUACUUCCCAGAGGCGCGCUACCGUGUGUCUUGCGCCUCCCGGCCCGGCCUGACCAACUACACCAUGUCCUGCUUCGGCGGCGUGUCGGGCGCCAGCGGCGGCCUGCUGGGCGACGCCUGGCUCUUCUCCAUGCAGCCGGGCGCGCUGCCGCUGCCGGCGGCGGCGGUGCAGCUGCCGGUGCACUUCGGCACCUGGACCGCAGCCCCGCACAACGUCACGGCGGUGCGGCCGCGCGCGCGCGCCGACCACCUCAUGCUGCCCGUCCGCGGCCCGGGCCUGCCCGGUCUGAACGGCUCCACCUACUCGCCGGUGCUGCUGUUGGGCGGCCGCGUCAACGCCUCCACCGCGGCCUCCUCCGCCGCGCCCGGCAGCAGCGGCCUCGGACCGCUGCGCCGUGACCUGUGGCUGCUGGAGACCGCGUGCGCCGACCCUGACGCGAACGCGCCCAACGCCCUGCCCAGCGCCAACCGGCCGCCGCAGACGACGCAGGUGUGGCUGGCGUUGCUGCCGGCCGGCAGCGCAACGGCAGCGGCCGCGGCCGCGGCGGUGCCAGGCGACGCCUGGUCGGUGGUGACGGCGACGGUGUCGCACAACGAUACGCACGCGGAGGUAUGGAUGGGUGUGCUGCCCACGGGCGGCGCGGUGGCGGACCUGAGGCUCAUUCGCAUGGCCACAACACUGGACGGCUGCACCUCCAUCAAGCCCAACUGUACGCGGCUGUCCUACGCCUACGACGCCGUGGCACCCAGCUGCUGGGCUGGCGCGGCCGCCGCGACGCUGCCGGUGCGCGUGGCGGCCGCCGACAGCCCACUGCCCACCACCAGCCUGUUCGCGAGCGGCGUGGCGCUGCAGCUGCUGGCGCCGGACGGGGUGCCCGUGCACUUCAAGAACACCACCUACCUCAGCGUCCAGACGCCCAGCGGCUACCUCCUCAACGACGUGCGCCUGCCGCCCGACGUGCCCGACACCACCUCCCUCACGCUCGUGGCCUUCGGCCGCCCCGGCGUCGAGAUCGCCCGCGCGCCCGUGACGCCGCCCAUCUCCACCGCGCCCGGCAACCUGCAGCCCACCGCCGUCAUCUCCUUCAACCGCACCAGCCUGACCUUCACGGUCCGAUCCAACGGCUCCGCGCUCGCCAACGCCACUGCGGAGCUGCGGGUGCUGUACAACGGCCUGUACCGCAAGCGCUGCCGCGUGCCCACGGCGCUGUUCGGCGACUGCGACGCCACAGUGACGGACGUCAAGGGCUCGGCCUCGUUCGAGGUGUUCCCCGUGCCCGCCGCCCAGAUCAGCCUGCUGGCGUAUGUGGCGCUGGUGACAACGCCCUACUUCUACGGCGCCUACGCCGUGCCGCUGCCCUCGCCCUACGCCGUGGCGGCCGGCGGCUCCUCCAGCGUCACGGGCGCGGGCGGCGGCACCGUGACGCUGCUGCCCGGCGGCGGCCCCAGCGGCACCGCCCUGGCCUACUCCCUCGACGUGCCCAGCAGCCUGGCGCCCGCGCCGCCGCCCGACGGCCGGCUCAGCGUCACGGUCACGGUCAGCUUCCGGCAGAGCAUCGGCUACUCGGUGCUCAACCUGCCCACCAACAGGCGCUGGGUGGCGUCCUUCUACCGGCGCUACUCCUUCGGCAGCCUGGACCCCACGCCCUCGCUCAACAUCUCCGACACAUACUCCAUCGCCUCCAAACCCUACGCCCGCCGCCUGGCGCCCGGCGAGUUCCUGGUGUGGGUCACUGACGCCGCGCUGCCCUCGCGGCCCAUGCUGGAGACGGUGCGGACUGUGGACGCGGCGGCGGCGGCCGCGGCCGGCGGCUCCACCAAUGUGAACCUGGAGGUGGUCCUGAGCACGGUGACGUUCCGGCUGUUCUUCAGCCGUGUGGUGGUGUCCCCGGGGGCCGGGUUCUACGUGGGGGCUUCCAGCGUGUUCGUGUCGCUUUACACGAUACCGGAGGACACCACAGCGGCGGCGGCGAUCGCCGGUACCGCCGCAGAUGCGGCGGACGCCGCCGCCGCAGCCGCUAAUAGCACGGGCGCGAACAGCACCGGCGUCGUGAUGACGGCGCCGCCGCCGUCGCCGUCGCCGCCGCAGCCGCAGUCGCUGACGGUAUUGUCUGGCAGCACGGCGUCGGGCUCGCCUGGUGUGCCGUGGGACUCGGAGCUGACUGACGGCGGUCUGGCCACCUUCAGCGUCAUCCCGGGAAUCGACUACCUGGCGGUGUUCUCCUACCCCAGCGUCGUCCUCCGCGGCCCCGUCACCAUCACCGCGCCCAGCGUCAGCAAUACGCUGCCUGGUGGCGGCUCCAGCGGCACAGGCUCCGGGUCCGGCGGCGCCAGCACCACGGGCGGCGGCGCCGUGUUUGACUACGAGCUGCCGCAGGCGCUGCUGUGCGCCACCGGCACCACCACUCUCAUCAACCAGCAGCGGGGGCGCUUCCCCUCCGAUUCGCUGAACACGGUGGUGUACGGCCCAGGCACCACCUGCAGCUGGGUGAUCACCACCGGGCAGCCCGUCAUGAACCUGCUCAUCAACUACACGGGCCUGGCGCCCGGCGACUAUAUCACGCUCACCACCGACACCGGCUUCGUGACGCGGCUGCCCACGCUGCAGCUUGACAGCAGCUCCGUGUUCACCAUCCGCAUGACCGCGUCCAACGUGACCAUCCGCUUCCGCGGCAACAACGACAACCUCAUGGGCACCGGGCCCGUGGUCAUCUGGGAGGGCGUCAGCCAGCGCAACAGCAUGCCGCCGCAGUUCAUCAUGAUGAUCGCCGCCUCCUCCGCCGCCGCCGGCGCCAUGCUGCUCUUCCUGUGCCUCUGGCACUGCGUCUUCCGGCCCGUGCAGCUGCGCCGCCAGGCCGCGGCGGCGGCGUUCGCCGCCGCCGCCAGCGCGGCGGCCGCCGGCGCAGCCGGCGCCGGCGCCGCAGGCGCCGGCAUGCGCGGCGCGCAGGGCCACCGCAACCGGGUGCCGCGGCGCUACCUGCGCAUGAUGGACACGAGCGUGUACUCGGCGAAGGAGGCGGCGGCGCGGGCCGCAGCCAAGGCCAAGUCCACCUCCACAACGGUGGCGACGGCGCUGCCGGUGGAGGCUGAGGGCGGCGUGGCGGUGGGCGUGCCUGUGCCUAGCGCCGCCGUGCCGCCGGGGCCGGCAGCCGACGGAAACGGCAUUGCCACCAAGGCGGAGGUGGUGCCCGGCAGCGCUGUGCGUGCCGGGGCGGAGAUGCCGCCGAGCCCUGACGGCGAGGCCAACGUCAACGCGGGCGCCAAUGCCGGUGGCAUCGCCGACGCGCUAGCGGCGGCUGCCGGCAUCACUGCUGCCGCUGCUGACAUGGCAGUGACCAACGCCACCGCCAACAGCGGCAGCAGCAGCGCCGGCGACGGCGCCACCUCCGCGCCGACGGAGGACGGCGUGGAUGGCGCGGACACGUGCGCCAUCUGCCUGUGCGACUUCGAAGAAGGAGAGCGCGUCAAGCACCUACCCUGUAAACACUUCUACCACAUAGCUUGCAUCGACACCUGGCUGGGGCGGGACAUCACAUGCCCGCUCUGCAAGGACAAUGUCCUGGAGGCGAUGCGGACGUUGCAUGGGCCGCUGCCGCCGCGCGCCAGCGGAAGGCAGGGCCGUGGCGGCGCCGCGGCGGCGGCUGCAGCGAGCGCAGAGGCGGAGGCCGCGGCGGCCGCCGCCGGAGCGGUCGGCGGCGGGGAAGGCGGCGCAGGUGCAGCGGGUGCGGGUGCGGGAGCAGGCGGCGCCCUGCAUGCGGGGCACUUGGAACUCGUUGUAGUUGUGCCAUCCGAGGGACAGGCCGGCGGCGCCGACGGCAGCAACGGCGCUGCUGGCGAUGGAACCGGUGGCACUGGCGGCGGUGGGCACGAUGCGCCAGGCCUGCCAGGCAGCAUCGAGUCCUAUCAUGCAUCCUUAGAUACCUCCCUAGGUGCCCACGGUGGCAGUGGCGGCGGAGCCGCACCCACUGCCGAAGGCGGCAGUGCGCACGGCGCAGCGCCGGUUACAGCGGCAGCGGCGGCAGCCGGCGGGCAGGAGCUGCAUACCAUGAGCACUGCUCAAAGCCGCGAGCUCCGCCCCAUGCGCCGCAACCUCAGCCACGACCUGGGCGGCGAGCACGACGGCACCACCACGGAGACAGACAGCGACAGCGACGACGACCACGGCGCCGCCGCCGCCGCCGCCAUGGGCGCCGCAGCUGCGGCGGCUGGCGCUGGCCAGCCGCGCAACCCCUCGGGCGCGGCGCCGUGGGCGGUGGCGCCUCCUUCACCGGCUGGCACAGGGGCAGGGGCAGGGACCGGAGCUUCGCCGCACGGGCAGCACUCGCACGCACACGGGCACGGCCACCACCACGGCCGCCAGGUGGCUCCCGGACCGCCUCGCGGCAUGUCCGGCGGCGCGCCGCCGCCAAUGCCACCGCCCGGCAACCAACUCUUCGCGACACCGCCGCCGGCGGCGCUGCAGCUCGCGGCGAUGGGCGGCGGUGGCGGCGGCAUGGCGCCGGCAGGGUCGCCCGGGUCUCGCCCGGUGGCGGAGCAUGUGCAGCGCAGCAACAGCAGCAGCACCACUGCCAUGAGGUGGAUGGGCGGCGGCGGCUCGCAGGUGGCGCCAAUGCCCAUGCUGACGUCACAGUCGCCGUCGGGCGCGUCGGGAGGCGGCGCGGGGUUGGGCUCCGCCAGCGGGCGCUACACAAGCCGUGUGCCGCCACAGGCGCGUGCGCAGGAGGCGCAGAUGGCGGCAGCUGCGGCCGCGCUGUCGGCGGCGGCUGCCGCAACGUCUGGCGGCAGCUACAGCUACGGCCACGGAAACGGCGGAGGGGGCGUUGGCAGCAGCACGGGCGGCUAUAGCCCGCGGCGGCUGCUGGAGGAUGCCGGUGCUCCCAAGGAUUCUGCGCUUGCGUUGGCGAUGGCCGCGGCCGCCGGCGCCGCCUCAAUGGUUCAUUUCCGUGUCCACGACAAUCCGCUGGCGCGCAGUCAGAAUUCCCUCAGCGCCGCAGCUGAAACACCGCAGGCGGCGUCUACACCCGGUGUGAGCGGUGGCGGCAGCGAGUUGCCGUCGCCGGCGCGGCAGGAAGGGCCGCAGGCCGCGGCGGGGGUGCCGGGGCCGCCGGCUGGGUCGACCACGCUGCGCAGCAGCGCUAGCUCCAGCGCGCGGAGCCGCAGUGCCGGCGGUGGCGGCAUGUCCGGGGGCCAGGGCCAGGGGCAGGGUCAGGGCGGCUCGGUGCGGACUGUGGGGGCGCUGGCAGUGCCCGACGUGUCCGGUGACGACGGCGAUCUACUGAGAACGCCCAGUGGCCAGCGGGCGGCUGGCGGGGCAGGCGGCGCAGCUGGUGGCGGCGGCACGGCGUGAUCACAUUACACUGGGGGGGGGGGGCUGGGCUUCUGACGUAACCUGUUUCCUGUUGACCGUGCCGUGACUCGUGAGGGUUGUGACUUGUGUAAUUGGUUGGUUGGCGCAGGCGGGGGAAGAUAUGUGUAACUAGAUGGUUUACGUGGUGUGUCCUGGAGGUAGCGUAGCAGAGCACUUCGUGGUUGGUAAAAGCCAUUGGUUACCCUGGUAAGGGCAGCGUGCGGAUGUGCACAUAGCUUAACGUGGUGCAUUGCACAGCAUCCCUUGUGGGUCCUGCCCGCAUCGUUUACAACAAGGAGCAUCACAUGGCCAAGCAUCAGCACAUGCACCGUCACAUAGCGCCCUCCAUAUGGGCUUGUGCAGCAACAUGGGGGCUUGGACGGCGGCUGCAAUCAGGGCGCACAAGGGUGUGUCAGCGAUGGAAGGACAAGGACAGCUGGUGGUGUUAUUCUUUAUGAAGGGCGCAUCACUCGUGCCGUGAAGGCAGCGGGUGCAGCACUCGAUCGUGUAUCCAGAUUCAUGUGCAUUUGGCCAGCGCUAACCGAUAGUACCUACCUUGUUUUGUCGUGUGUGUUUCUUGGUGCCGGAAAGGGCGCAGAUGCGCGUUGACAGUGGCCUGCCUGGUGCAGGAAGUCGUAGGUGGCCACUGGACGGAAUCCGACGUUUAUAUGAGUGGCCCAUGCGGCGAGCACGGCACAGUAGCAAUGCGUGCGCAUAUGGAUCCAGGACCCCAUGCGCGCCAAGAACGGGCGAACGGCGUGCCACGCCUGGGCUGGCCUCCCCGGGCUCAGCGCGUCAAGCACGAGGAAGUAGUUGGGACAGUAAGGUAUUCACAAGCUCGAUGCAGCACCAUGCGGCUGAUGUCUGUCAGUCUACGCCUGCAAAUGUUGUGUCGGGGGCCACCGACGUACUGGCCUGGGUGCCCGCAUGACGCCGUGCGACGUCGGAUCUCACAGCUUACAUCUUGUAGUGUUGGGCAUUUUGGCCCUGACAAUUUUCUGCCCUCUUGAUUCGAAAGAUAGCGCAAUCCUUCCCGCUAUGGGUCACAAGAACACAGCGGAGCGCACCACAGUGAUGGCCAAGCUGUCGCAAGCUGUUGCGCGAGCUCCAGUCACUUGGCCAGGUACUUUUGGUAUCUGGGGCUGCAACCAUACUGUAGUUUGGAACGAAAGCAAGGAAUUGUACAAUCAAAA